AUGGCUGCUCCACUUAACCUCGAAGAAGGUCAAUCGUCAACAAGACCUUCCCGUUUCAACAGUUGGUGGAAAGUUAGAAUGCACGAUUACCUCAUGGCAGAAGACAGUGAGUUAUGGGAUAUUGUACUGGAUGGACCGUUUAUUCCGAUGAUGGAAGAGAAGGAUGGAGAGAAAACUAAUCUUGUUCCAAAGCCUAGACAGAAAUACGACGAAGCUGAUAGAAAAAAGAUUGAAAAGGGUUACAAAGCUAAAACUCUUCUUGUUUGUGGAAUAGGACCUGAUGAGUUUAACAGGGUGUCAGCCUGUGAAUCUGCUAAGGAAAUUUGGGACUGCUUGAAGACUGCUCAUGAAGGAACUGAAAAAGUCAAAGAAUCAAAGAUUGACAUGCUUACCUCCCAAUAUGAGAACUUCAAAAUGAAGGAAGGAGAAACAAUCCAUGACAUGUUCACUAAACUGUCAUCCAUUACAAAUGAGCUGCGAAGUCUUGCUGAACCUAUAAGCAUGAGUAAACAAGUCAGGAAAGUACUUCGAAUUCUUCCAAAAUCCUGGGAAAGCAAAGUUGAUGCCAUCACAGAAGCCAAAGAUUUGAAGGUGCUGCCUAUGGAUGCUUUGAUUGGAAAUCUGAAGACACAUGAGAUGAAUCGAAAUUAUGAUUCAUCAAAGAAGGAAGCCAAGAAGGACAAGGCAUUGAUGCUGAAAUACAAGUCAGAUGAAGAUUCCAGUGAUGAUGAUGAUAUGGCCUAUCUCAUCAGCAGAUUCCAAAAAAUUGUGAGGAAAAACAAGGUUUAUAAAAGAGGAACAAAUGGUACUCGAACUGCAACUGAAGGUGAUACAUGCUACAAGUGUGGAAAAGCUGGGCACUUCAUCAGAGAGUGUCCUUUGCUCAAGAAUGAAAACAAGGAACAUCAUAAAGCAAGAAGUGACAAAGAAAAUAGAAGGGACCUGGUACUCGGUAAGAGAGAUAGAAAAACUGCUGCAGAUUUGGUGGUCAAAAAGGCUCUUGCUGCAUGGGGUGAUUCUUCAAGUGAUUCAGAAGACCCUGAUGAAUCAAAAGAUGUGUCUAUGGUGGCAGUACAUGAGGAGGAAACCGUGUUCAAUGAAAUGUUUGCUCUCAUGGCUCAUACAGAGAAUGAAGAAGAGGACAACCAGAAAAUGCCAACAAUGAUGUCUCUAGAAUCAAAUAACUCUGAACUUAAGAACCAGUUAAAUCAGAUUACUGAAGAAGCUGAAAAGCUGAAUGGAAUGUCAAAUGGUUUGCAAGCUGAAAUUCAAGAAAAAUUGAAAAAUUCUGAGAAAAAUCUUGGUCUGUCACUGGAAAAGAGUAACAAGUUAGAACAGGAUAUUGUCAAACUUAAGGAAGAACUUGAAAAAUCCCUUAAGUGGACAAAAUCCUCAAAGUUACUUUCAAAUGCAACAACUCAGAGCAAUUUCAAUAAGAAAGGACUAGGAAGUUUGAACAUCACUCCUCCUUAUAAUCCUCACAAUAAGUAUGUGUUUGUGUUUGACAAUCUGCUAUGUCUACAUUGUGGUAAGAAUGGACAUUUGAAGGGUGAGUGUGCUAGCUGGAGAAACUCCCAUGAAAGGCUCUCUAAUUAUGCUGAAAGGAAAAAUUUACCAAAAGAGAGACAUGGUCCUCCAAAGCAUGUUUCAACUCACAGAUUUUCAAAGAAAAGAUCUGUCCCUGCUCCCAUGUCCUUUGUGAGUGAGAAGAGCAACAGUCAGUGCUGGUAUAUGGACAGUGGAUGCUCUAAUCAUAUGACUGGUGAUUACAGCUUAUUGAGUGUGUCUCAAAUCUGUGACAAAGGAAAUGAAGUCAAAUUUACUUCUGAGAAAUGCACUGUGAAUGAGAAUGCUGAUCUCUGGCAUCGUAGGCUGGGGCAUGUAAGCUCAUCUUUAUUGAACAAACUGCUUUCUAAGGACCUGGUCCGAGGUUUGCCCAAGCUGAAGUUUGCUGAAAAUAAAAUCUGUGAAGCCUGUGUUACAGGAAAACAAAUCAGAUCAUCCUUUAAGCCCAAAAAGCAAGUAACAUCAUCAAGAUCUCUAGAGCUGCUUCAUAUGGACUUGUGUGGACCCUUGAAAGUUCAAAGCAGAAUUGGAAAGAAGUACAUUUUGGUGAUUGUUGAUGAUUACUCAAGAUACACUUGGACAAGAUUCUUGAGGUCAAAGGCAGACACAGCUGAAGAGUGUCUAAUAAGAGCUGUUUUGAAUAAGACCCCCUAUGAGCUGCUCAACAACAGAAAGCCUAUGCUGAGCUAUUUUAGAGCAUUUGGAUGCAGAUGUUUUGUGCUGAAUAAUGGAAAGGAUAAUCUGGGAAAAUUUGAUCCUAGAAGUUAUGAAGGAGUGUUUGUUGGAUAUUCUUCAUCCAGCAAGGCUUACAGAAUAUUCAACAAACAAACUCAAUGCAUUGAAGAAAGCAUUCAUAAGAAUGAAGAAGGUGAAGCUGAUGCAGAUCAACAACUGAAAAAUGACUGUGAUGAUCAGAAUCAUAGUCUACCUGAAGAGGCUGUUGAGGUUGAAAAGGAUGAUAUGGUACCUGGUACUACUCAAAAUCCCAGCCAGAGUACAUCAGACUUCCCAGAAAAUGAUGUCACUCCUGAUGAAGAAGAACAUGCUGAUCAGCUCAAUCAAAACAAGCUUGAUGAAAAUGGAAUGAUUACUAGAAAUAAAUCCAGGUUGGUGGUGCAAGGAUACAAUCAAGAAGAGGGAAUAGACUAUGAUGAGACGUUUGCACCUGUUGCCAGAAUGGAGGCUAUUAGAAUUUUAAUAGCUUUUGCAGCAUUCAUGGGGUUCAAGCUGUAUCAAAUGGAUGUAAAGACUGCAUUUUUGAAUGGAGAUCUCAAGGAGGAGGUGUUUGUCAAGCAACCUCCUGGUUUUGAAGAUGGAGAGCUACCAGAUCAUGUGUUUAGAUUGAAUAAGGCACUGUAUGGUCUGAAGCAGGCUCCAAGAGCAUGGUAG